UUCCGUGCUCAUCGGCUUGUGCAAACCAUCUACCCCAACUUUAUCCCCAUGGGCAAAUCAGGCGCAAAAAAGAAGAAACACGCCGCCGCCGCCGCCGCCGCCGCAGUCGAGCCGAAGGCACCGGCACAGCUCCAGCCCCAGCCCCAGGCCCCCGCGGCUAACGGGGCGGCACCGCAUCUGGUGGACCCAGGCGUGCUCCUGCGGCGCGCGCACGAGCUCAAGGAGGAGGGCAACCGCCUGUUCCAGUCCCGCGACUACGCCGGCGCGCUGCGGCAGUACGAGCUUGCGCUCUGCCUCGCCCCGCGCGGCCACCCCGACCGCGCCGUCUUCCACAGCAACCGCGCCGCCUGCCUCCUCCAGCUCCGCCCCGUCGACCACAAGGCCGUCGCCGAGGAGUGCUCCCUCGCUCUCCAGGCCGAGCCGCGCUUCCCGCGAGCGCUCCUCCGCCGCGCCCGCGCGCUCGAGGCGCUCGGCCGCCACGAGCUCGCGCUCACCGACGCCCUUGCGCUCCUCGCUCUCGACCCCGACAAUCAGGACACCGUCGACCUUGUCCACCGCCUCCGCUCCCACAUCUUAUCCCCUUCCACCUCCACCCCUGAACCAACCAGCCGCCCCUCCCCUGCUGCCCUUGGUGCCUCCGCUGUCGUCGCCGGCCUAGGCCCAUCCCUCCCGGCUCGCCCUUUCCCCAAGAAACCAUCACCUCCUCCGCCGUCUGCUCCACUGCAGCAACCAGUUCCUCCAAUGUCCAAAUUUAAUCCGUCGCCAUCGCCCAAGUUGGUACCUCUCUCCAACACCCUGCCAUCUUCUGCCAAUGCCAAUGCAUCAGGUGCUGAUAGCUCCAAGAAGGUCGCACCAACAGCGCCGGUUCCCCCUUCACUUUCAGUGAAGGACAAGUCGCUGAUGGACAACAAGGUUGUGGCAAGAUCAAGGCCGCUCAAGCUGGUGUAUGAUCAUGAUAUAAGGCUUGCACAAAUGCCAGAAAAAUGCAGCUUCCGGACACUGCGUGAAGUUGUGGCGUCACGAUUCCCAUCGUCCAAGGCAGUGCUGAUUAAGUAUAAGGAUGCUGAUGGUGAUCUAGUUACAAUAACUUCUUCCGCAGAACUUCGAUUGGCCGAGUCCUCUGUUGAUAUAACUGGUAGCGAGGUGGUAGAAGAUGGUGCGCGGAGUGGUCAGAAACUUCCAAUGUUGAGACUUCACAUUGUUGAGGUAAGCCCAGAUCAGGAGCCUCCAAUGCCAACAGAAGAGGAGAGGCUGGAGCAGGAUGAUGAGUUGUUGGCGAAGGGCGAAGAUAGCCAUCCAUAUACUUCAACAGCAGAGGUUAGUGAUGCGGAGGUGACGAAACAAGAUAUGGAGAAUAUAGUUGCUGAAGCUGAACAGAGCACCCUGACAGGGAAGAAAGAUUGUGGCCAUGCUGAGUGCAAGGAAGCUGAGAUUGAUGAUUGGCUUCUUCAGUUUGCAGAUUUAUUCCGGAACCAGGUUGGCAUUGAUGCAGAUGCACAUCUGGACCUGCAUGAACUGGGAAUGGAGCUGUGCUCUGAGGCCCUUGAGGAAACAGUGACAAGUGAGGAAGCACAGGCCCUCUUUGAGAUGGCUGCAUUAAAAUUCCAGGAGGUUGCUGCUUUGGCUUUAUUCAACUGGGGAAAUGUGCACAUGUGUGCAGCAAGGAAACGCAUUCCCCUGGAUGAAUCAGCUCCAAAGGAAGUCAUGUCGACUCAGCUUCGCACGGCUUAUGAUUGGGUGCAAGAUAGGUAUGCUAGAGCAGGGAACAAGUAUGAGGAGGCUCUUAAAAUCAAGCCAGACUUUUAUGAAGGGCUACUUGCUUUAGGGCAGCAACAUUUUGAGACUGCAAAGCUUCAUUGGUCAUUUUCAUUAGCAGACAAGGUUGACCUGUCUGCCUGGGAUUCUUCAGAGACAUUCAAGCUGUUUGAGAGUGCUGAGCAGAAGAUGAGAGCUGCAACAGAAAUGUGGGAGAAAGUAGAAGAGCAAAGAAUGGAGGAAUUAAAAGAAACAUCUGGCGAGGCACUGAAGAAAAAGAGGAAGCAACAUGGUGCUGAUGGUCAAGGGGAGUUGACUCCCGAGGAAGCAGCUGAGCAGGCAGCAGUAAUGAGACAACAAAUCCACCUCUUCUGGGGUAAUAUGCUUUUUGAGCGCUCUCAAGUGGAGUUCAAACUCGCAAUUGCUGAUUGGAAGAAGAAUCUUGAUGCAUCUGUUGAAAGGUUUAAGUUGGCCGGAGCUUCAGAAUCAGAUAUCUCUGCAGUGUUGAAGAACCAUUUUUCUAAUGCAGUUUCUGAUUGUGAAGAUCAGAAAGUCAUGACUUCCAGUACAGGAAUUUCCCAAACAAGUGACAGUAUUGAGGAUAAAUGUAUUGUUGAAAGCUAGGAUUUCAUGGUUUUAAGUUGGAUAACAUCCAUGCCCAUAUUCCUGAUAAUGUUUCCUGAAGUUGUUUUAUGACCGCAUAAUUAGAAACUAUAGCCCAAUGAAUUUCCGUGACCUGC